GAACGCUCCUCCUUCUCAAUUUGCGGUUUUUCAACCUACCCUUUUUCCACGUUACCUUCAUUUUCCUUCAAAACCAUAGUCCCACAUAGAAAAUCAUAACAUUUGCCAACUUUGCACACGAAAUUCUCCAAGGUUUAGCUCGCCACGUGUCUUGAUUCAAAGUCUUUUCUAAUGGUAGGUGUUGAAUUUGAUUAUUCAUCUUGGAGGUAAUGCUAAGUGCUAACUACACCAAUGCUUUUCAUUUUCCUCGUUAAUUUGUGGUUUCUUCUGAAACCGUAUUAUUAAUCAGUCUAUGUAUCUGUUUAUCUGUAUCCCUUUUGUGUCUUUGUUUGCGCUGAAUAGAUGUACGGAACUGAUUCUUACUCCUUGGUGAUUUGAGGGUGUUGCUUUUUGAAAUAAGAUAUAGUAUUUUGCAUGUUGUAACGUCAUACCUGCUGCUCAAAAUUGCAAAUUUUGGGUCUGAGUUAAAGUUUUGGACUUUGAUUUGAUUGAAGUUUUAUACUUGAGUAAAUGGUUUUGGUGGGGUGGAUUAUAGGACUUUUGAAUUAGGACGGAGAUUCUUUUUCUGGGUUCCGACUUCCGACCAAAAUUUCUUCAUUUUUUUGGCAUGAAAGAGUUGCAUAUGCUGUUUGUUUCCAUGAACUCAGCAUCAGGGAGUGGGGCAACUGCACAAUAACAUCCACAGUAAAUAAUAAGGUUUAACUUUUGAUUACACGGUUCAUUGGCUGCCCUCGGUUUCAAAGCAAAGAUUUGGGUCUGCAAUGAGGAAUUGCGAGUUACAUGGUAUUGUUAUUGUUGUUGUUGCUGCUGCUGCUGUUACUAUUGUUAUUGUAUGCUUUGUUUCUCUUGCUAUUUGAAAUUUGUUUUGUUUGUGAUGUCUGUGUCUUUCUCCCUGUGUGUUUAGUAAAUUAGUAUAUGAGCAGAUUUCCUCUUGAUGUGAAGAAAAUUUAUGAAGGAAUGUUUUUCUUUGUGGUUGUUCAUAUUCAAAUCACUUGAGAGGGGUUUUGGAAUUGCAUCCUUUAGAAUAAAUGCUGAUGAAGUCCAAUAUUCUGUUGCUGUUUGUAUCUUUUGAGUUACACCACUUGUAUGCAGUUAUGCACAAUUUUUCCUAUUUUAUAUAGAUGAUAAUUUGUUGAUGAGACUGAGAGCACUACCACACUACAACAUUGGCGCUCGAAGAAUCAUUUUGAUCACUUUCCCAUCUAGUUUUGGCUCCAAAUUCAUGUUUGUUUUGUUUGAUAUCGGAAAUACUUUUCCUCUUCAACCUGCUAAACCAGUUUCCAAAUUUCUGUUAUAUUUUUUCCUGUGAGCCAAGAGAGUAGCGGUGAAUUCAACCUACAAAAUACCAAAAUUAUAGCCUUUUUUUUGUUAAUCAGCUUAUAUUUUUUAGUGUAUUGAACUUCAUUUAUUUCUUGUGUGUAUGUGUGAGUUUGAUGAUUUAUGUAUGUUGUGUUUCUUUCAGCUUCUCCACUCGUUAGACUAGUAGAUGAUCGUUGAUGUGAACAAUCAUUUAUGUUAUUGUGGUGUUAUGUAAAUAUUGACAGACUGUUUCUCUGUUUUUCAAGGUUUAUCUGCUAUUAUUGAAAGUGUUGGGAUCCAAGUCCCAAGCAGAAGUUUUCCAAGGCAGCUGCUUUUAGCUGAUGCCAUCAUCAUAGUAUGGACUUGAACCAGUUUUUAAGUUUCAGUGUGACUAAUUCAGCAGGAAUCCCUUGUACACCAUCUUAUCAGCCUAUUUCGCCAAUACCAAACCGGUUGCUUGGAUCCUUGAAAGUUGACAUAGGAAACUCACCUAAUUCAGCCCUUUCUUCUCAUUUUGAUUCUGAUACACUUUCUUCUGCAUUAAGUGACAGCCAGGAACAGCACACCCCCGGGGAAAUUCACUCAGGUAUCAACUCUCAUAACUCUUUGCUGGAAAGCAAUCAUUAUUUGCACAGGCCGGUCUCUUCUGUAGACCAUCUCCAAGACGAUUUGCAUCUAUCUACUAGAAGCUUUCUAUCACAGGAUGCAAGUUAUGACCAUGAAACAAGACAUGCGUUGCUGGAAUUAGAAACUGCUUUGAUGGCACCUGAUGGUGAAGAUCAAUUCACCACACCAAGCGCUUCUUUUGGUGUUACCAGCAGGCCGACAACCUCUGGCCAAAGAAAUAGGUCCUGGAGCCAUGAGGGCCAGUCAAGUGAUGAUGCACAUAUAGAGAAGCGUCACAAAUCAAUGGAGGAAGUAUCUCUACAAGGACUCCCAUCAAUCAAUUUGAAACAAUUGCUGAUUGUUUGUGCCAAAGCCUUGUCGGAAAACAACAUGAAAGAUUUUGAUCAUUUGAUAGAAAAGGCUAGAAGUGUUGUGUCUAUAAGUGGGGAACCAAUCCAGCGCCUUGGUGCUUAUUUGGUAGAAGGGCUAGUUGCAAGGAAGGAGGCAUCAGGAAAUAACAUCUACCAUGCCCUUAGGUGCAGAGAGCCUGAGGGAAAAGACUUACUCUCUUACAUGCAGAUACUGUAUGAAAUCUGUCCCUACUUAAAAUUUGGUUACAUGGCUGCCAAUGGAGCUAUUGCUGAAGCUUGUAGGAAUGAGGACCGCAUUCACAUCAUAGACUUUCAGAUUGGUCAGGGAAUUCAAUGGAUGACACUUCUUCAAGCUCUUGCAGCAAGACCUGGUGGACCUCCUCAUAUGCGGAUCACAGGGAUUGAUGAUCCUUUCUCUAAAUAUGUUCGUGGUGAUGGAUUGGAAGCUGUUGAGAAAAGCUUAGCUGCAAUCUCUCAGAGAUUUAACAUCCCAGUUGAGUUCCAUGGUGUGCCUGUAUUAGCUCCAGAUGUGACAAAGGACAUGCUUGAUGUUAGGCCUGGUGAGGCUUUGGCUGUGAACUUCCCUUUGCAACUCCAUCACACGGCUGAUGAGAGUGUUGAUAUGAGUAAUCCAAGGGAUGGACUUCUGAGAUUGGUGAAAUCACUGUCUCCCAAGGUAACUACAUUGGUAGAGCAAGAGUCAAACACAAAUACCACUCCUUUCUUCAUCAGGUUUAUAGAAACCUUGGAUUACUACUUGGCAAUAUUUGAGUCCAUUGAUGUGUCUCUUCCUAGAAAGAGCAAGGAGAGGAUUAAUGUGGAGCAACAUUGUCUGGCUCGGGAUAUUGUCAACAUUAUUGCUUGUGAAGGGAAGGAAAGGGUAGAGAGACAUGAGCUGUUAGGAAAGUGGAAGUCUAGGUUGACAAUGGCUGGUUUUUGUCAAUAUCCUUUGAGUUCUUAUGUGAAUUCUGUCAUAAGAAGCCUGCUGAAGUGCUAUUCAGAACAUUAUGAUCUUGUAGAGAAGGAUGGGGCCAUGUUGUUGGGAUGGAAGGAGAGAAAAUUGAUUUCAGCUUCAGCUUGGCAUUGAUUAUGUGCAGACAGGAAAUAAUUUAGCGGUAGAAAUAUGUUGCUGACUGAGUUUUAUGUUGAUUUCCAGGGCCAUGCGUCCUUAUCAUUGUUUUAGAGGCCACUGUUUUAUAAAUUUGUUUAUGGAGUUUUAUGUCAUAGUGAUGCAGAUUACUGUAUACCAAUUCUUUUAUAAAUAAAAAAUUUAGACAUGUACAGUGUUUUGGUCUACAAAUAUUGUACUUGUACUUGAAACUUAUACUUCGUCUCCAAUAUAAAUUAAAUGAAUUCACAA